AAUGCUAAUCAUGCUGCAACCAUGCCCUUUCCGUUUAUGGUCCACUUUAAGCGCCGUCGAUCACAGUUGACGGCCAAUCGCUACCGACCUUGCACACAGAACGGUCAGUUCCUUGAUGACCUACAGAAAUCCCGCGACAAUCUAGAACCAAAAAACCUUGAUUUCCACAGGCGCUCUCUACAAACUCCCUACGAUGGAUUAUUACUGCGCCACGAUCUGGAACCACGAAUUCGUGAAGCCAAAGAGAUUCUCAGCAGACUCAAACUUCACGUUUCCUCGGCUGAUGUUCCGCCAGAAAACAACAGCGAGGAAAAGAGUGCCUAUAUGGGAAAUCUGUUGGUGGUGUACGAUACAUUCGACAGACUGGAAACCGCGCGUCGCAGCAUUGCUGCACAGAUGCUGGAAGAGAAACAUCUUCUGGAGAAAUCCAAGCAGCGAUUUCUUCGCACGCGGACGGAUUUACUGCGGAACAUGACGAGCAAGAUGCAUGCAGCAUGUGCGACGUAUAGCGCGGAUUACGAGGAGCUCGUCAAGCAUCGCCAUUUUCUCGAGAAAGAAAUCCUUAAACUGGAGCCAAAAAUUGAGACUGCCGAGCGAUUCAAUCAGGCACUGCUUGGGCAAAUCAGCUACGUCAGAAAUUACGGGCCACUGAUCGCUGAAAAACUACAUUCAGAAGAGGAACAGCUGCUCCUAAUGCGCCAGCAGAAAGCCGAGCUGGAAUUAAAGAUGGAUACAUUAGCUGUGAAACUGGAGGAAGCACUUCGAACGCAGGACCGUGGUCGCGACAGUAUGCGGCGCAAACGGUCAUUGGCAUACGAUGAGCUGGAUACGAGUCAGAGAACCGUUAUCGAAACCCGUGACAACGCAGCAAAACGUCGCACGGAAAUCCUCCAAUGGGAAGCAAAGCGUGAUGGCCUUUCCGAAAAACUCCACAAAUUACAGAUCAGUGCGUCGUCAUUGAAGCAUCUCGUCGACCAACUGCAAUCCAUCAUCGCCGAACAAAAAACCGCCGCGGAAACCAACCUGACCUUUCUCCAAGAUGAACUGGUCCGCUACGAGGAAAAACGCGAACGCGAAGACCAGGAAGAAUUGGCUGCGUUAUUGGCCAGCGGCGCCUCGGAGACCUCGCUACCGGCUCACUUGGCCAAAAAGUACCUAACUAAAGAACAACGUUUAGAGCGAUUACGCAAACGAAAAGUUCGACGCCAGCGAAAGGAGAAACAGUUGGAGGAGAAACAGCAAAAGCAGACCAAGACGCUGGAGAAGAACACGGCCAAGAUGCGAGCCAUUAUCAGAGAGGCCAGUGAACGUAUUGCCGAGAUGCAGCAGGAGCGCUUAAGUCUGGAUCCGCUGGUGGACCGGUUGAAUGUCUUAGAGGAGACCUUCCAAAAUGAGAUUCUGGAGAAGGAAGAGAUGCGGAUGUCGUUGCACGGUGAGAUGCAGCGGAAGACGGAGGAGCUGCAUGAAGCGCAGCAAAAACUGGAAGCUCUGCAGAGCUCUUUUAAGGCAAAACUGGACAACAAGCGCCGAGAACUGAAUGUUGUCCGAGCGAAGCGAAUCCACCAGGAAAAGCUUAUUAAAGAACUGACAAAGAAAGACGCUAAGCAGCGGAAGCGCCUUACAUCGCAGCUUGAAAAGGCGCAAUCCGAACUGGAAAUCGCGGUCGAGAAAAACCAGAUUGCCAAGCGUAAACACGAAACCAUACAACAGCAAAACGCUGACACCGAAGCGGAACUGAACGAACUGAACCUCGCCAUUAAAACUGCUUACAAUUUAAUCCCCGGAGACGAAGCGCAACGGCGAGCGUUAGAAGAGGAGCUUAACAUUAAGAUUUCUACGUAUACACACGAUCUGCACCGCCGUUACGAAUUAAUUCAAGACAAAGCCGAUCUCUGCGCGCAGUUUACAAGAGAGAUCGCCGCGAUGCGGCAAGAUUACCAUCAAACCGUGGCCGAGCUGCGCCGGUGGGUGUGCGUAGAGAUCGCGGAUGAAAAGAUGCGGUUUUAUAAAGCGUUCAGCGGAUACCGCUUGUUGAUGUGGCAUUACCGGCGUUUUAUGGCGGUACGGGAGUAUCUGGUGCGAUCGGCCAACGAAGCGCGGAGAGCGGAGCAGGAGCGGGUGAAGGAGUUCUGGCAGGAGGCGCGCCAAGAGCGAACCAGUUUAGCCGCGACGGUGAAGGAGAACUUCCGCGUGGCGAGACGGUUCUACCACCUGAAUGUGGCGUAUCAUAUUCUGCAUAUUGAGAAUAUUCGUGGAUACUUCCGAAAUUAUGCAGCGGACGAUAAUUACCAAAGCGCUGUCGAAAUUGCGUCGGCCGAUAAACUGUACAACGUCAACAUCAACGCAGAGCUUGCCCAGCGGCAAAAGUACUGGACGUGGACACUGUCCACGUACUACAGUCACUUCAUGCAAUAUCUACAGAAUAUUGUCGAUACGCAAGAGCACACACUGCAGUCAUCCGAUCGGAUCUGGGAGAAGAUGAACAGCGAUGUGGUACAGAGGCAAAAUAUUACUGUUGAUGAGAGUGUGAAGCGGUUGCUGAACGAUGACUUCCGUGCCGGCUGGAGCUGGCUGCAUUCGCCGCCCGAAGCGGGUGAUGGCUGCCGGUGGAGUAAUGAAGACUAAUAUUACGUAAUGUUGUUAAUUAUGUUAUGUUCUUUGUACAAGUGCAUGAAAGUACAUUUGUAUUUGGAAUCGAUGGGGAGCGAUUACACUAAUGAGCGGCAGAUUUGUUGUGAUCAGAAAUCUGUGAAACUCAAAAGUAGCGAAAAAAUUUAUACAAGGUCAUUAUGGCUGCGUGCACGGGUGACCUUCCCGAGUUGACACUCUUCCCCUAAUACAUCUACCGCGUUUUUCUCUCAUCUAAUUUCAUUAAAUGACCAUUAGGCGCUUCGUUUCCGCCGCUAUACUCCAUCCCAAAA